CCACCUCAUUGCAAAACAAUUUGCCCACUAUCUAUCCUCCAUAUCAAUAUUUUUUUUAAAAAUCUCCUACGUAUAGUACUCUAUAGUAAUGGCUUCGUUUCUUCUCACAUCUUCCAGUAUGAUAACCACCACAUAUCCCUCCAUGGUUCUCCGGUCAGGGUUACCCAUUGGAUCUUCCCUUUCCUCUCUUCGCCUGACCCGUCCAUACAACAAGGCGACUUUGUUCACCUCAUGUUACUCUUCUGAGUCCAAAAAGGUGGCAAGUAGUGCUGAUCUCAAACCUGCCGUGGAACGGAGGCCGGAGUACAUACCGAACAAGCUUCCUCACAAGAACUAUGUUCGUGUAUUAGACACGACGCUCCGUGACGGUGAACAAUCUCCCGGUGCAGCACUUACUCCACCGCAGAAGCUAGAGAUUGCCCGGCAGCUUGCUAAACUCCGAGUAGACAUCAUGGAAGUUGGUUUUCCGGUGUCUUCUGAGGAAGAGUUCGAAGCCAUUAAAACCAUCGCCAAGACCGUGGGGAACGAGGUGGAUGAGGAAACAGGUUACGUCCCUGUGAUAUGCGGCAUUGCCCGAUGCAAAAAUAGAGAUAUUGAGGCGGCUUGGGAGGCACUGAAGUAUGCGAAGAGGCCGAGGGUAAUACUAUUCACAUCUACUAGUGACAUUCACAUGAAAUAUAAGUUGAAAAAGACUAAAGAAGAAGUGAUUGAGAUGGCCGUGAACAGUGUUAAGUACGCUAAAAGCUUGGGCUUCAAAGACAUCCAAUUUGGGUGCGAAGAUGGCGGCAGGACGGACAAGGAUUUUAUAUGUAAGAUUCUAGGAGAAUCGAUAAAAGCGGGUGCAACCACGGUGGGCUUUGCGGACACGGUCGGGAUCAACAUGCCGCCAGAAUUCGGAGAACUCGUGGCCUAUGUCAUAGAAAACACUCCUGGGGCUGAUGAUAUUGUCUUCGCCAUUCAUUGUCACAACGACCUUGGUGUUGCUACUGCCAACACAAUAUCCGGUAUAUGUGCGGGAGCAAGACAAGUCGAAGUAACGAUCAACGGAAUUGGUGAAAGAAGUGGGAAUGCGCCGCUUGAAGAGGUCGUGAUGGCUUUGAAAUGUCGAGGAGAAUAUCUUAUGGAUGGUGUUUACACGAAAAUAGACUCACGCCAAAUUAUGGCUACUAGCAAGAUGGUUCAAGAGCAUACCGGCAUGUAUGUUCAACCACAUAAGCCAAUAGUUGGAGACAACUGUUUUGUUCAUGAGAGCGGCAUUCACCAGGAUGGAAUAUUGAAAAAUCGAAGUACAUAUGAGAUUUUAUCACCAGAAGAUGUUGGGAUCGUAAAAUCUGAAAAUUCUGGCAUUGUUCUUGGAAAGCUUAGUGGACGUCAUGCUGUAAAAGACCGGCUUAAAGAGUUGGGAUAUGAAAUCAGUGAUGAGAAAUUCAACGACAUCUUUUCACGAUACAGAGAAUUAACCAAGGAGAAAAAGAGAAUCACGGACGAUGAUCUGAAAGCAUUAGUGGUGAACGGUGAUGAAAUCUCAUCAGAUAAAUUAAACAGUAAAGGAAUUAACAACCUUAUGUCAAGCCCUCAGAUUUCCGCUGUUGUAUAAGUUUGUGAAGACAUUUGUGUAAUUAUGUACUACGAUGCCUUUUGUUUUACCGGUGUGUAUUUGUGUACUACGUACGUACGAUGAUAUUAAGUACCUUUUAGUUUUAUGUUAAAUCAAGUUUCAUUUGAUUU